UUUACAACAAACUGGGACGAGGGCAUGUUUAGUGGGAUUGAAUGUGCGUGUAAGUGUCGUCUAUGGCCGAGUCCGUUAGUACUCAAUCGCUCUCUGCAGUGACGGAGGGGCACGACGACAGCAUAACGCAUGCAUCAUCAAAUAGAAAACCAGCACCAACAGCAGGAACACUAACACCAACGACGACUCCAAUCAAUAAGGUCAAAUCCAAACGUGGUAGUCGUCAACAAGAAAAGAAGUCACACAAACAUCAAAAACACCAAUCCUUAGGCGGCAUCGACAACCUUAAAAAUUCAAGUAUUCCACCAGCAGCAGCCACCUCAUCUCCCUCUUGUUCCAUCGAUAAUAAUACUAUAGCUGUCGAUAAACGUUCUCGCAGCAAUUCACGCAGCAAGUCACGCUUCUCAACAACACAUCAAGACUCACAUAACAAUAGCGGCAGUAGUAGUACCAGUAGAGGCCAUACCAAGCCACAAGAAGAACAAUCACCAUUGUUGUUAAAAACAAAGACUAACAACAACAGCGGCAAUUGUAGCAACAAAACUAACGCCAAUAAACGUGCCUCAUCACGUAACUCCACAUUAAACGCCUCAACAUCAUCGGCAGUGUACUCGCCAACUUCACCCAUAACACCGCCACCCACAACUCGUGUAGACCGUAAACGCCACCACGUUGAAAAGGCCACAACUUCAGCCUCUACUUCAACCGGCAGUGAAUACCCCACGGAUUUGUCGUCCCCUUUAAAGAAACGUCGCUACAACAGUAAUCAGCACAACCACAGUUCACAGGACAUUGAAUCGACGCCACUUUCGACAACAAGUGGAAAUAGCAGUGCUGUCAGUGACAGCAAAUUUUCAACACCAAAGAAGAGGGAACAACAACAACAGCGCGGUGGUGAUUGUGUAGCACAAAGAACUCGUUCGAAAACUGUCUCACCCGAAGAGCCAUCGACCAGCAGUGGUGGUGGGAUUAGUAUUAACCACAGCAACAGCAGCAACAAUCAUCGUCGCUAUACAAAGGCAAUCGCCUCGUGUGUAGAUACCUCGGCAGUAACACAACGUAGUGGUACAACAAAGGCAAAAUCGAAUAGCGGCAGCAGCAGCGCCAGCAACACUGCCAGUGCCAGUAAGAGCAAUUUAUUGAAUUAUUAUCGUAAAACUCGCAAAGUCAGUCAUAGUCGUUCGACAACCACAACAAAGAAGAGAAGCAAUAGCGCACAACGGCAAAGUGCAGCCGGUGCGGGAGCAAUUUCUGCUACUACUGGUCACAUAAGUAGUAUUGCAAUUGCGAGAGACAACGGCGAAGAUAUUGACGAGCAGGAAUACGCUGAGGAGGAGGUGGACGAGGACGCGCUCGAGCAGAGCACCGACAACAGUGAAAGCGGCGAAACUGCGGAGCAGCAACACCACCACCGUCGACGACAAACAAAAACAAAAGUCGCAGAAAAAUACAAAUUCAAGUCAUCCCUUGGAUCGUCAAGACACAGACAGCGGAAUUAUCGAAAUCAAAAUAAAAGUUCCACCACCAGUGGCAAUACAUCAUCGUCGUUGUCGAAACGUAAUAAUAAGAAGCAGCAGCAACAACAACAACGCUUAAGUGAAUGUGGCGGUAGUGUUGUUGGCGGCGAUAAGAGGCAACAGCAAACACAGAGCAAUAACAAGAACUUGUUAUCAGUUGUGGGAAACAAAGCUAAAUUAAAUACAAAAUCAUCAUCUACGUCGUCCACAAUAACAGCAGGAGGUUCAAUACAACCACCAUCUACGUCGUCAACAGUUGCCACAACAUCCACAAGCAGCAUCUCGGCUACAUCGCCGACAUCAUUGCAUCUGGAUAAAAUCUCCAAAUAUCGUAAAAAUCUACGAAAUUAUCAAACAUUUUUGAAUAAUUUAAGCAACGAAUUAAACGAUUCACAAGAAGAUCUCGGCGAAUCGGUAGGUGAUAACCCCUCCGCCUCGAAUACAACAGCAGCUGAACGAUCAAACAAUUCCAAUUCGGUGUACUUCGAUAAAGAAUUGCUAGCAGUUUUAACAGCUGAUAUUGAUUCUAUCGAGGACAACGGUACUGAAGGAUUAAUUGAAGAGGAAGAGGAAGGAGAAGAAGAGGAGGAGGGCGAGGAGGAAGAAGAAGAAGUAGAAGAGGAGACGGAUAAUAAUAUUGUUGGCAUCGUCGGCGGCGAAUCAGACAACAACGAAGACGACGACAUUGUUGAGGAGGAAGAAGAAGAGGACGUCGACGACGAGGAAAUUGAACUUUUCGGUGACGAAGAGGACGACGACGAAGAUAUUGAAGAAGAAGAGGAUAUUGACGACGACGACGAAGAAAUCGAGGAAGAGGAAGAAGAUAUUGCCGACGAAAUAGAAGAUUCUGUUGCUGCUUUUGGAGGUAAAAGGCAAGAACAACAACAACAUCCGCAGCAGCAAGAAAAAGAAGAAGGUGUCGAACAGCAACAACCCCAACACCACAAAAAUCGAAAACUAGCACGACAAGAACAACCCAAACAAAGACGCAAGCGUUUAUUGAAACGACGACGUCGUAACACUUUAAAGCAAGCCAACCAAGAAAAUUUCAAAUUACAACUGCAACAACAGCAACAAAUCCACAAACAAAGACAUCGUUUCAAGCGUAGCGGUGGUCUCAAAGUGAGGAGCAACAGUAGCAGCAGUUCGAGCAAAUACAUCACCAACAACACCACCACCAGCACUCAGGUGGUUGUAGGAGUAGAAAACCGUGAAGAAAUUACUACUUCUACGUCGUCACAACAAACAGCUACAACGACGGGCUACAAUAGAGCCCCGAAUCUGGGGGCACGACAAACACGCAGCAGUGGUGGCAGUGCAAGCACUAAUACCAAUACAGCUAGCAACAAUACAGAUUACAAUAUUGGUGUACAUAUAGGCGGCGGAGGAGGCGGUGGCGGCGGUGGAGGUGUCAUUGGCAACGGCUGGAGUCAAAACGGUUCGACAAUUGCCGUCGGAACAACACAUUCAACAGUUACUGGUGGCGGUACAACGACUGGUGUAGCGCCCCAACUCAUUGGUGGUGGAACCGCUGGGUUCAAUCAUAACCUAUUAAAUCGUAGUGGUGGUGUUGUGAUAGGACCACCACCACAACUAACUACAACUGGAGUACUUUCGAACGGCGGUGCACCAAACCAACCGCAUCAUCCCUCUUUAAUUGCUGCCACAACAUCGACACACUACCCUCAACAGCAGCAGGGACAAUCACAUCACACGGCACACUUGCUACAAUCUCACCAAGGACAAGGAUCUCACACACAGACUCAUUAUUUAAGUCAACAAGCUAGCGGACCAACGUUUUACACAAAUCACCAUCAACCGGCAGCCGGUCAUUUGCAACCACAACCGCCGCCACAACAGGUUCACUUUUUCCAGACGUAUCAGACCGCUGGUACCACGGCUUCAUCAGCUGCCAUACUAAAUUUAAAUUUGAACUCGUAUCAAGCUGCUGCGGCUGCUGCAUUAAAUAAUUCAAGUGGUGCUGCCGUAGUUAAUGGUGCGCCUUUAAUAUAUCAGGUACAACAACCACCACCACCAGGAGCUGGACAAGCACAAGCCACGCUACUGAGCCAAAGCGGAGCAGCACGUUAUCAGCAGCACCAUCAUCAUCAGCAACAGGUGCCUACAGCAACACCGCCGGUAAAUCUACAUCUUACACAUCAUCAUCAGGCACAAAGUGGUGGCCACUUGCAGCAGCAACAAACACAUAACGCGCCGCCGCCACCACCACCCACAGCAAUCGAAUUGACAUUGGGUGCCGGUUCUCACGACUCAACUGCAACUCCCAGUGGUCUUGUAUAUCACGCAACAAAUUACGGUUCCAGCAGCACUGUUCAUCAUCAACACCAGCAACAACAACAGAAUUCCCAUACCUUAAGACGCAGUUCCAGAAGCAAAACGGGUUCUUGUGUCAGUUCGGUACAGGGCCAGCAACAUCACGGCAGUGCGAGCAGCAGCUGCAUCGGUGGCAACAGUAGUGGCGGCGUCGUUGGUUCAACAAACCGCACUGCUGCCGCAAAUAACGCAGCCAGCUUACCCGUAGUUGUGGGCCAUCAGUUGUUAACAGCAGCAGCAUCGGCAGCAGCUCAACAGCCGUCGGUCAACGCUGGCCAUCAUCUUACUCACCCGCCGCACACACAUCAGCAGCAAUUAGCAACACAACAACAACAGACACAUCACUCUUUAGGAUCGCACCUUGCACACCCACCACCUCCUGUUACUCAUCAUCCAGCACCACCGUCUUUGCAUCACCACCAGCAGCCGCCGCCACCGCCAUCACAACACCACCACCCUCAUCAUCAUCAGAAUCUGGCAACAUCCGGCGGUGCUGUUGUCGUUGCUAUAGCACAACAACAGCAACAACCACAAAGUCACCUGUUGCAUACAGCAGUAGCAACACACCCUCACGCAUUGUUGCAACAACGGACAACGGUUGUUCAGCCGGGCUUCUUGUACAGCUAUCGUUCAGCAAAUAGUUCGACAAAUAAUAGUGGUUUGGGUACAACAUCAUCAACGUCGUCGUCAAGUGCUGCCACCAACGUCGUCGUGCCCCCAUCUACAAAUCCCCCCACCACCUCAUUCCACUUGGCCACUCAUCAAAAUUCCAAUAAAACAAAUUCUGCUUCUACGGAUGCGUUAAGUCAUUCAUUAAUGGCACAGCAACAACAACAAGCAUCUAAUAGUGGAACAGCAUCACAACAAGUGCCACCACCGACAACAACCAACUCGACAUCGUCCCAUACCGGUGGACACACAUCAGCAUCGUUAAGCGUCACCAACGCCUUGGGCGGCACAACGUCUUCAGCUACCAACAACUCCGCUACAGCAACCGGUGCCAACACCAGCAACAUCAACGCAACGGCUGCCAAUAGCGGAGGUGGUAUCAACAGUACAACAGCAACGGGAGCAGGAGGAGGCACCACAACGUCGUCAUCAAAUAAUGCCGCCAACAGUGCCAAUUCACAUGGCGAUUCCGAGAGCGAUGACAGUGAGGUGGGGCGACUGCAGGCUUUGUUGGAAGCCCGCGGUCUGCCGCCACACCUCUUUGGUGCACUGGGUCCGCGUAUGACACACAUUUUACAUCGCACCAUUGGUAAUAACAGUACCUCCAAGGCCCAACAACUGCUGCAGGGACUGCAAUCACACGACGAAAGUCAACAAUUGCAGGCCGCCAUUGAAAUGUGUCAAAUGCUGGUAAUGGGCAAUGAGGAUACCUUGGCCGGCUUCCCCAUCAAACAAGUUGUCCCAGCACUGAUAACCCUCUUGCGUAUGGAACAUAAUUUCGAUAUUAUGAACAAUGCCUGUCGAGCCUUGGCCUACAUGCUCGAAGCAUUGCCACGGUCGUCGGGCACUGUAGUCGACGCUGUCCCUGUAUUCCUCGAAAAGUUACAGGUGAUCCAGUGCAUGGAUGUUGCCGAGCAAAGUUUAACAGCAUUGGAAAUACUGUCAAGGCGUCACAACAAAGCCAUUCUUCAGGCCAAUGGUGUCUCAGCUUGCCUCACCUAUUUGGAUUUCUUUUCGAUUAACGCCCAGAGAGCUGCUUUAGCCAUUACCGCUAACUGCUGUCUGAAUCUGCACAAUGAGGAAUUCCACUUUGUAUCGGAAAGUCUGCCCCUGCUGGCGAGACUUUUGGCCCAACAGGACAAGAAGUGCGUGGAAAGUGUUUGCUCAGCUUUCUGUCGCCUGGUGGAGAGUUUCCAACAUGAUCCCAAACGUCUGCAGGAAAUUGCCAGCAAAGAGCUACUUAAGAAUUGCCAACAACUACUGGUGGUUACACCGGCUCUGCUUAAUUCUGGUACAUUUACCGCCGUCGUACGAAUGCUCAGUUUGAUGUGUGCCAAUUGUCCUGAUUUGGCCAUUUCCUUGCUAAAGAGUGACAUCGCAUCUACACUACUUUAUCUCUUAACGGGAAAUGCAGAUCCUCUACCUAAAUCGGCCUCCACCCACGUUGAUCUGAUAUCGCGUUCGCCAUCGGAACUCUAUGAAAUCACAUGUUUAAUUGGCGAGCUAAUGCCUCGACUCCCCACCGAUGGUAUUUUUGUUGUAGAUGCCCUGUUGGAUCGUCCCACCAUCAAUACCCACGACCAAGUGCAGUGGCAGUGGCGUGACGAUCGCGGUACCUGGCACAAUUAUUCCGCCAUAGAUUCACGCAUGAUUGAGGCAGCCCAUUUGAAUUCGGAGGAUGAGUUCAGUUUGAGUACACUGGGACGUACUUACACCGUGGAUUUCCAUUCGAUGCAGCAAAUCAAUGAAGAUACAGGCACCACUAGGCCGGUACAGAGAAAAAUAAAUCCUAAUUACAGACCACCUCCCAGUACUAGUAGCACUUCAACAUCUGCCGGACAAGAUUUAUCAGCGUCUGCUGUGGCCUCUGCUAUCUCGGCUCUCAGCAAUACUGUAACGGCAACAGCCACAGGAGGAACGACACCAAUUGCCACAUCGUCGUCAUCAUCAUCACAAAAGCGACGAGCUUCGGUAGAUGCUCGCAUUGCUUGUCUAAAGGAGGAACGUGGUUUGGCUGCUGAAUUUAUAAAGAAUUUGUUCAAUGUCCUCUACGAAGUGUACAGUUCAUCGGCUGGCCCUAAUGUCCGCUACAAAUGUCUGAGAGCUCUUCUACGCAUGGUCUACUAUGCCUCAUCCGAAUUGUUGAGUGAAGUUCUAAAAUACCAACUGGUGUCCAGCCACAUAGCUGGUAUGCUUGGCAGCAAUGACUUACGCAUCGUGGUGGGUGCUCUACAAAUGGCCGAGAUACUUAUGCAAAAAUUACCCGAUAUAUUCGGCACACAUUUCCGCCGCGAGGGUGUCAUCUAUCAAAUUACCCAACUAACAGAUCCCAACCAUCCAAUAUGCUCCAAUCCGUCGCCUAAGCCCCUGGCCACAAAUAUGUCCGCCAGUGGUUCACAGAGUGCACCGGCAUCUGCAUCAAGCCUGCAAGUGAACCCCUUCUUUAUGGACAAUGUACCUUCCACUCAGGGAAGUGCAUCUGCUUCGGGCACACCGAAUACAUCGAAGCCACAUCACCAACAGCAUCCGUACACAAUGAAAACAUUUUCGCAUGCAAUGAAUGCGCUGACAGCGGCUGCAGCCCAACAAAGUACUUCGUCUUCAAGUGGUGGUUCUUCGGGUCAGAAGAUGCAGUCAUCCAUGGCGAUGAACAUAAACACAAGUGGUGGAACACCGGCACACCAGAAUUCGGCUGAGGUCCAAUACCAUUACAGCUCUUCGGCGCCGGCUCCUCAUACCCAUUUGGUGGCCCACCACCAACAGCCGCAACAGAAUUAUUUUGUCUACACCACGGCACAACAGCAGGCUCCACAGCCACCACUACCACCACCGGGAACCGAAUAUGUGGCCUACAAUCAAUUACCUCCCCCGCCACCGCCCACAACAACGGGGCAUUAUGGCCAACCGCCACCACCGCCUCCUACCACUCAGCAGCAACAGGCACAAUAUCACAUGGCGACCACUCCACAUGGAACAGUAGCUUCGACAUCAACACCACCCUCCUCGUCAUCAUCUUCGUCAUCCGUUUUGCCGCAUAAAAUGAGUGAUAUGUUGAAACGUAAAGUCCCACCGAAAAGAAAAUCGCAAUCGACCAGCCGGUCGAAGUCUCGUCAAGAAGAUCAGUCCUCACACGCAACCACCACCACCAGCAGCACAUCGUCUACCGUGCACGAGUUGCUGACUAGAGCCACCAGUUUGGGUGGAACCUCAGCUGGCAGUUCGUCGUCCAAUGCUGGGCGCAGUACGCCCAGCACAUCGAGCAAAGUUCGGUUUAGUGGUGGCAGCAGUCACCAUGGUUCGUCGAACUCCAGCUCACAGUCAUCCUCGAAGACAUCGUCGUUUUUGGCAUCGCUCAACCCAGCUCGUUGGGGACGCCAGGGAUCUCACCACGCCAGCAGCAGUUCUUCGUCAGCCGCUAACUCAGGUUUUACCAAAGAUUCAUCAGCCAGCAGCAGUAGUACAAGUUCUCAUCAUAGCCAUAGCAAUAAUGCCGCCGGUUCAAGUGCUGGUCACUCAAUGGCCGGUGGUGGUUGUUCGACAUCGUUGGCUGCCCAAAACAUUAGCAAGAGCAUAUCACAGGCCAAUCUGAUAGCAGCUGGAAACCGUGAAAAAGCCCGCCAAUGGAUACGCGAACAAGCAAUAUCCUUUAUCAAGCGCUAUGCAUCGCAGGAGUCGAAGACCUCCGCCAUGGGCACAGAGGGCGCUGGCACCACAAAUGUUUUACAACGCCUGACAGCAGUAAUUGCCAAAUUGAGUGGCAGCUUCCCAGAUGUUCUGGAGUCCCUGUUCGAAUUGAAGAGCAUUUUGUUGGAGAGUGACAUCUCACCGUUCGAGGUAAAUCAUUCGGGGCUGAUUAAGGCAAUGCUGAACUUUAUGAGCUCCGAAGAGGGUCUGGUUGAUCGUGAUGCUCGCUUGCGUGCAUUUAUGCAUGUGUUUGCUGGUCUGCCACUGGAACCACUGGUCAAGGUGGGCAACUUGCCAGCUAUCGAUGCGACAGCAUUUGCCGCUUUUGUGGCCAAGUUAAAUGCUUGUGUCACACAACUUGAACAAUUCCCCGUUAAGGUGCAUGACUUCCCGGCUGGGCCCGGUGGAGGUCGUUCGAAUACAAGUGCUUUGAAGUUCUUCAAUACACAUCAACUGAAGUGUAAUUUACAACGCCAUCCCGAUUGCAAUAAUCUGCGUCAGUGGAAGGGUGGCACUGUUAAAAUCGAUCCCCUUGCCAUGGUACAGGCCAUUGAACGUUAUCUGGUGGUACGGGGAUAUGGCGGUAUUCGCGGUGACUUAGACGAAGACUCGGAGGAGGAUAUGGAUGAUAAUGUGGCGGCCGUGGUUAUGUCACAAAGUGGUUUCAAGCACAAACUGCAAUUCCUAAUUGGAGAUCAUCCGUUACCCUACAAUAUGACCGUUUACCAGGCAGUAAAACAAUUUUCACCACUGGUGAAUGAUCAGUCUGAAACCGAUACAGAUACGGAAACACCGUUGGGUAACGCAAGUAUUUGGGUACAACAACACACAAUUUACUACAGACCUGUCGAGGAAGAACCUACCGCGUCUGGAGCAUCCAGUAGCAGCAGUAAAUCCAUUAUAACUGGUGCUGGUACUUCCUCUUCAGCGCAUAGCGGCGGAGUACUAGCCUCCUCUUCAGGUACUGGUCAGGGUGCCUCGGGAAGUAAAAAGAGUAGUAAAUCUUCAUCGAAGCUGUUGCGCAAGAAAACUGAACUGUGGCACGAAGGCAUUGCGCCCAGUGUCGUGUCCGCUCUUAAGCCAUUCCUUAGCAAUACACUGCCCGCCGAUGUGGUUACUAGCGUGCAGGACGCCUCGCUUGAUGCCCUUUGUAUGCUGCGUAUUAUAAACGCCUUGAAUCGCCACUGGGAACAUUUGUAUGGCUGUGUAGUCCGCCAAUUGAUAAUACCACAGUCCGAUUUCAUACAUCCUAAAAUAACGGCCAAGGCCAAUCGCCAGCUGCAGGAUCCAUUGGUGAUAAUGACGGGCAAUUUGCCCCAGUGGCUGCCACAAAUCGGUAUGGCCUGCCCCUUCUUGUUCCCCUUCGAGACGAGGCAUUUGCUAUUCUACGCGACCAGUUUCGAUCGGGAUCGUGCUCUGCAACGUCUAUUGGAUACUACUCCAGAUUUGAAUUCAGCCGAGUCAUCGGAACGCGUUGCACCCAGAUUGGAUCGUCGUAAGCGAGCUAUAUCCCGGCAGGAUGUCUUGAAGCAAGCUGAACAUUUAAUACAAGAUUUUGGACAUUCGAAGGCUUUGUUAGAGAUUCAAUACGAGAAUGAGGUUGGAACUGGCUUAGGUCCCACAUUGGAAUUCUAUGCCUUGGUAUCGGCGGAAUUGCAGCGCACCGAUUUGGGUUUGUGGAAUGGUAGCGAUAGUUAUAAACAAAACUCUGCCAGCAUUGUCGAUGUUGUCAAAUCCACAAGUGCCACAUUACACAUUGAGGAAUCGCAGGACACAAACACUCAGACCAGCGACACAGCAACAAAUCAAACAACACCUAGCCCAACUGCAGCGCCAACACGCAGUUCAAGUCGCAAUAAUCGUGACAGUUUUGGCGUGGCCACACGCAGCAGUUUGGUGGCCACAAACAAUUCCAUAAAUAAUCAACAGCAGUCACCUCAGGCUGGAGAUGAUGCCUUAGACAUGCUUAUCGAACAACAAGCAGAUGUAGUCGUCGAUCAACAACAUCAAAAUCAGCAGCAACAUGACCUCUCAAUGCCGCUGCUAGAUAAUCCCAUAGCGGUAAACACCAUCGUAAGCACCCCAACUAUACAAGUGAGCCCCACACCACCACCAGUCACCUACGUAAAUACAUCGCAUGGCCUAUUUCCCUUGCCCAUGGGAAAAUCGUCGAAAUUACCCCACGUUUCAAAAGUCAAGUCGAAAUUCAAAUUUUUGGGUAAAUUUAUGGCCAAGGCAGUUAUGGACAGUCGAAUGCUGGAUUUACCCUUCUCAAUACCAUUCUAUCGUUGGCUUUUGAAUGAGGAACAUUCAAUUGGUUUGGCCGAUUUGUCACGUGUUGCCCCAGAGGUACAACAAACAUUGGUACGCCUCCAAGACGUCGUGCAUCAACGAGAAAUGAUUUUAGCCGACACUAGCUUAGAUGCUAUGGAAAAGACUGAAAAGAUUGAAUCACUUGAUUUGGAUGGUUGCCCCAUAGCCGAUUUAGGCUUGGAUUUCGUUUUGCCUGGCCAUGCCAAUAUUGAAUUGUGUCGUGGCGGCCGAGAUACUCCCGUAACUGUACAUAAUUUGCAUCAAUAUAUUAGUUUGGUGACAUAUUGGUUCCUCGUUGAAGGUGUGCAGAAACAAUUUGAAGCCCUCAAAGAAGGUUUUGAUAGCGUAUUUCCAACACAUCGUCUGCGCAUGUUCUAUCCCGAAGAACUCGAGAAUGUCUUUUGCGGCAGCAAUAAUGCCACUUAUCAAAAAUGGGAUAUUAAAAUGCUGCAGGAUAGCUGUCGCACCGAUCAUGGUUUCAAUCAAGAGUCACAAGCCAUACAAUUCCUGUACGAGAUACUAUCGUCGUACACUAGCGACGAGCAACGUGCAUUUCUGCAAUUCGUCACUGGUUCACCUCGUCUACCAACGGGUGGCUUUAAGGCUCUAACACCGCCCCUAACUAUAGUUCGUAAGACCUUGGAUGCAAAUCAAAAUCCCAACGAUUAUUUGCCCUCUGUUAUGACAUGUGUAAAUUAUCUGAAAUUGCCCGACUAUUCGAGUCGUGAAGUCAUGCGCCAAAAACUAAAAGUGGCUGCUAACGAGGGUAGCAUGUCGUUCCAUUUGUCUUAA